AUGCUGUUGAACAUUAUGAUGUUUGCCAAAGACCUCUAUACCGAACCAUAUCACCCUGUUGAGCGCCACAUGAAGCGGGACUUUAGGGGCUUCGCGAGUCAUUACACACGCACUCAGCGCCCUCCCAUGUAUUACUUCAUUGACUUUGGCUUAUCGCGCCAGUACGAUGCCAGUGAAAAAACCCCACUCGAGUAUCCAAUAUUCGGAGGUGAUAAGACGGUGCCAGAAUUUCAGGGCAAUACGGAUGUUCUUUUGAACCCAUUUCCUACCCAUAUAUACCGUCUCGGUGGCGUCGUCAGAGAGUUUAUCGAUAAAAAUACAGGGUUUGAGUCUCUGAAACCUCUGGUAGACGCCAUGAUUCAGAAUGAUCCCAGCGCAAGACCUACGAUGGAUAUGGUAGUUAAGCAUUUUGACUUAGUUCGACAGCAGCUCAGCACAUGGAAACUCCGCUCUCGUGUCCCUGCGAGAGAUGAAAGUCUAUUCGAAACACUGUACCUCGGUGCUACCCAUUGGAGGCGGCGGAUAGGUUUUAUUGUCAAGCGUACACCUGCCAUACCUCGCCUUCAGGCAUAA